AUGGCAAACCUUCGGUGGCUGGCAAACCUUCGGUGGCUUAGAGUGGUGUACAAGACACUGGGAUCUCAGGAGAUAGAUGCCGAAGUGUAUCUGCCGCAAUCGCCGAAAGGCAAGAAGGAUGCUGGAUGCCCGGUUGACAUAAUCCCAGUAAUCAACAUCCACGGAGGGGCAUUCAUGCUCGGGUCAUCGAGGAUGGUCAACAAGGACCAGGUGCAAGACUGCUUGGAAAGGGGGUGGAUCGUCGUAGUGCCGAACCAUAGACUGUGCCCCCAGGUCAACCUUCUAGAAGGCCCAAUUCAGGACUGCCGCGACCUCCUCGAUUGGAUCCAGAACGGAGGAUUGCAAAAGGCUCUGACUUCUGCCGAGUUGGGGCAUCUCGUCGACGUUAAUCACAUAUUUGCCUUUGGCACGUCCUCGGGAGGGACUCUGGCUCUUUGUUUGGGGUUUGGGGUCGCUCGUCCAGUCGCAGGCAUCUAUGACAUGUACGGGCCGUGCAACUUCUCUCAUCCCUUCUGGACGCUGAAACUGCCGCACAUCGCAGCCAAGCUUCCUCCGAAUCUGGAUCAAGAUUUCAUCAACCAGAUCUUCAACAACGACCAUGUCCCCAUCGAAGGAGGAGUCUCGCUCGAGGGCCAGGCGAACCCUACUGGAGGACCAGAUUUCUCCAACCCCCGGGUCGCGUAUGCUUUCACGCAGAUUGCCAACGGCACCGUCAUGGACGCCAUCUUCCCGACCAAGGAAUGGAACAAGGUCGACCCGCUUCGAAACGUUGGACCUCGGUUCCCGCCCACUUUCAUCGUCCAUGGCGACGAGGAUAAUAUGGUGCCUUUAGACCUGAGCAAAUCGCUACUUAAUGCAUUGGCCGAGAAUGGUGUGCAUUGUGGGCUGAGAGUUAUACCGGGGGAAGGCCAUACGUUUGCGGCCAACAUGGUGGUGGGAUCACAAACCUGGAACCUCCAACGGGAGGGGUUUGACUUCUUGGAAAGCUUGAUCAAGUGA